AUGGAAACCACUGGGGAUUUUGGGCCUGUGCCUCCAGGCAUUGACCUUGCCGAGAACCAGCAAACCCAAAUGCUGGGUGUAGUCAUUACUCUGAUGAUUAUUGGAACCCUAGCCGUUCUUUUACGCGUGUAUACACGCGCAAAGACAUCUCAAACCAGUUUCGGUCUUGAUGACUUUUUGAUCUUUGCUGCUUUGUUAUUUGCCUACGGGACUGGUAUAUGCGUGAUCAUCAGUAUCAACUACAAAAAUGGAUGGCACCAACAAGCCCUCACUGAUUCCGAAUUUGUCUCUCUUUGGAAGCUCCUUUUCGCACAUGUUUUUAUCUACUCGACAACGGUCACUCUGACCAAAUCCUCAAUCGUUAUGUUCUAUCAUCAUAUCUUUAAUCUGCGUUGGUCGUUAUAUUUCGCCAUGGCCAUCAUCCUAGGCUAUUUCGUCGCUGCCAUAGUCACUAUUGCGGCCGCAUGUCGCCCCACAUCAUAUUUUUGGCAGCAAUACACGGAUCCCACGGCCAAUGGGAUGUGUAUUGAUAUCCCUCAAUUUUUCUUUGUCAAUGGUAUUGCUGCUGUCCUCAUUGAUGUCAUGAUUCUGUGUGUCCCACUUCCUAUCAUCUGGAGAUUGCAAAUGCCCAAAUCCCAGCGCGUUGCAGUUACUAGUAUCUUGCUGCUCGGUGGUUUCGUCUGCAUCGCCGGUGUCGUUCGCGUUGUUUUCUUGUACAAACAUACACAUUCUAAAGAUCCCUCAUGGACAAUUGCCCCCGUUUUCAUGUGGUCUUGCGUCGAGCCUUUCAUCGGAAUUGUAUGCGCCUGUCUACCAACCUUUUCACCCUUGUUUCGUCGCUGGUGGGCAAUUUUGGGGUUCAAGAAGAGUUCCAAGAAACAAGAAGAUUAUUAUGGUGCAGGGGGUUCUCAGACUCGUCGUUCGAGACAACAUGCAUCUGAAGAUGAGGAAUAUGGGUCUCACGACGAUGAGGCUCAAUUAACCAGCUUCCCUGGUUGGCCAUUAAACUUCUUACGUGGAAAGGGUAGCAAAGAUGAUCUGGGAUUGUCCAACUCGAAGAUUCAGAUUAAAAACGAGGUUAUAAUCUCGUAUUCUGUGGAACAAACGGCGUGA